CCCAAUAUCGAAACCAGACUUCAAUUCAGGAAUUAUGACACAAGUUUCAUUGUCUCCAAUAGAAACCGCUUCGACGAAGUACCCUUCCACAUCAAUUCCGGUACUCCUCUUCCUCCUCAAUCGCCCAGCCAAUUGCGGAAAAAUAUCCCGACGUCUUGAUUGUAUUAACGGGGCUGACAUGGGUCUGGAGGGAGAGUUGCUUCUGGUGGGGAUUGGGGAAUUGAUGGAGAAUCAAUACAAAAGGAAAUCUCAGUUGAUAUUCGGGAAAGAAGGAAGGCAAAACACAAGAUUAAGCCCUCCAGCUUAUCCCAUAUUCCCUUCUCUUCCUCCCCCUCCCAUUCCCUCUCCCCGCAGAGUCGUCGUUACCGGUCUGGGGUUGGUGACUCCGCUUGGUCGCGGGGUGGAGACGACAUGGAAGCGAUUGAUAGAGGGCAAUUGUGGGAUAAGGGCGAUAACGGCUGAAGAUCUCAAGAUGGGUGCUUUUGAUAGAGACACUCAGUUGCAUAUAUUUGAUCAGCUAACUUCUAAAGUUGCGGCGACUGUGCCGUGUGGAAUGGCCUCCGGUGAUUUCAAUGAGGAAUUGUGGCUUAAUUCAAAGGAGCAACGAUCAAUUGCAAGGUUCAUAGCCUAUGCUCUUUGUGCAGCUGAUGAAGCUUUAAAAGAUGCAAGAUGGCUGCCCAUUAAGCAGGAAGAGAAGGAAAGAACGGGCGUGUCCAUUGGUGGAGGGAUUGGGAGCAUCAGUGAUAUAUUAGAUGCAGCACAAAUGAUAUGUGAAAAGCGCCUUCGUCGGCUCAGUCCAUUCUUCAUUCCAAGGAUAUUAAUCAACAUGGCAUCUGGUCAUGUGAGCAUGAAAUAUGGAUUCCAGGGACCAAACCAUGCUGCAGUGACAGCUUGUGCAACUGGUGCACAUUCUAUUGGUGAUGCUACUAGAAUGAUUCAGUUUGGGGAUUCAGAUGUUAUGGUUGCUGGGGGUACAGAAUCCAGCAUUGAUGCUUUAUCAAUAGCUGGAUUUUGCAGGUAGCUAUUAACCAAAAUCAUAUGAUGUUUCUAACCAAGAAAAUUUCUUUCAAAUA